AUGGGAAUGGAUCACCCCCCACUUGUCAUCGGCCAGGAUAUCGCCGGCGAAGUCAUCGAGAUCGGACCUGAAGUCACCCGCUUCAAAGUCGGUGAUAGAGUCAUUGCUCACGCAGUAGGAUUCUACUUGUACGGGGAAAGGGCUGCUGAGGGCGGGUUCCAGCAUUACACCACUGCUCGCGAGCAUAUGGCCAGUCCCAUUCCCGAUGAUCUGUCUUUCGAGAGAGCAUGUGUGAUUCCAAUGUGUUUUUCGGCUGCAUCUUGCGCGCUCUACCAGAAGGGCUAUCUUGCGCUCGAUUACCCGACUAUUCCCGCGCAGCUGGUGAAUGGGGAAUACAUUCUCAUCACGGGCGGUUCGACGGUUGUGGGGAGUAAUGCCCUUCAAAUCGCCAAGUUCAGCGGGUACACAGUUGUGACGACAUGCUCGGAGAAGAACUUCGCUUAUGCGAAGAACCUUGGUGCGGAUUUCGUCUUCGAUUAUAAUAGCCCCACACACGAGGAUGAUAUUGCGGCUGUGUUUCAGGGCAAGAAAGUUGAUGGUGCAUUUGCCGUCGGGCCAGGCUCGGUAGAGCUGUCUGUCCAUGUGCUUGGUCAGCUAGGCGAUGAAUGCCGCAAGUUUUUCGUGAAAGCCAGCUUUCCAUGGCCGAAGGAUGAUCCGAAGGAUGAUGAUGAGUACUGGGCGUAUAUAAAGUGGGUGGAUGAGUGGAACCAGGGUAUUUCGGAAAUGGCGGACGAGGUGGGGAUUGAAACUAAGUAUGUCGAAGGGGCAGGACUGGGCAGAAAUGAGGUUAGCCAAGCGGUGUAUGUCAACUUCCUACCUGCCGCACUGGCACACGGCUUGUAUGUGGCUGCUCCGGAACCGCAGGUGGUUGGCAAUGGGCUAAAAAGCAUUCAGAAGGCUCUCGAAAUUCAGAAGAAAGGGGUUAGUGCAAAGAAGGUUGUCGUGAGCUUGGAAGAUUAG